UGAUAUGCACAAGAUAGACCUAAAUUAAGUGGAGCAUGCAAACAAUAACAUAUGAGAUUUCUCAUUGGUGCCAUAACCUGACCUUUUCGGGUGUGUGUCUUCUAAUGGACCACAUCUGUCAUUCUGACACAAUUAACUGUGCUUACAUGAUUUUAUAGCUGCAGCCACCACUAAGGUCACCAAUUACAUUUCCAGCUCCAAAUACCAACUGGUAAAGGUUAAUUCAUCCCCUGAAUAAAGAGGAUUGUGUGCGAGAGAGAGGGAGCAGAAACCAGGCGCACAGGGAAAGGAUAGAGUUUCUCCCGGUAAGGGAUCUCUUUGACCGCCAUAGAUUCGGUUUCUCCUCCCAGGUGACUCAUGCGUCCAUACAUGCAACAUUUCGCCAAGUGAAACAACCGUAUUUGUCGGAUUAUGAUUUAUUUUUACUUUUCAAACUCUAGAAUAAACUCAUGGUGAUCGCCGAGUGCGCUCCGCGGUCGCUGCCGGGUGUCUUGUUACCUCCCUCGGGGCGCCAUGGGCUCCUAAGAUGCCUUCUCUGUGGAAACGGAUAACCUUCUCGGUGGCCUCGGUUCUCUGUGUCGGCUCUGUGGCGCUCUUGGUCGUGGCCCUGUCCACGGAGCGGUGGGUCACCGGACGGAUUCUGUGUAAAACCGGAGCGGAGAUAGUGAACGCGUCCCAUCCGGAGCUGGACCAGUUCAUCGGGGACAUUUAUUACGGCUUGUUCCAGGGAGGAAAGAGCAAGAAGUGCGGGCUCGGGAAGCGGCGCUCCAAAAUAUAUAUUUUCCCAAAGCUCAUACGAACAUUGAACAGUGGCCUUCACAUGAUGGUGAUCCUCUUCUUGCUGGUGGCCAUUGGCUUCGCUCUGGUCAGUCUGUCUUUCUGUAUUUACAACGCACGCAAGGUUCCCUACCAGAGCAUCAAGGGGCACAAAGGACUCUACCUGUGGAACGUCAUUGCUGCUUUUUUCGGUGCCCUGGGUGUUUUGUGUUUCCUGGCAGCUAUGAAGCAGCACAGUCUGACCGAGCGGGUGGCAAACUAUCAAGAGAACCUCUUUGUCCUUGUGGUCCUGGAUGACAGCCUGGACUGGUCCUUCUGGCUGGGUGUAGGCAGUGUUACGACUCACUUUGCCGUCUGUGGAGUGGUCGCCAUGAGCCGGUUCAAGCUGCCCAAACCAGAGAUCAAGAAACCUGAAGAACCCACCAUCUCUGCUCUGGACCUGCUCUACUGAAGGACCAAACAAGACGCAACAUUUUAGCACUUUCAGCACUUAUGGUUGGCCCCUUAGGCUCAUUAUAUAAUCACAAUUUAGCCUCAUGAUUGAUUUUUACUUAAACUGACACUAGAAAAAAACAUCAUGAUUUGUCAGUGACAGUUAUCUGGACAAAAGUGUUGACUUGCUUCCUCAAAAAGCCGCCUGGGCUGUAAGGCAGCUGUUCAAAUGUUGGAGUGGAUUACACUUUUGGAGUAGAUGAACAGUCAAGUCAAGAGGAACCCCAGGAAGCGCAACAGAAAAGAAAUUCCUCUUCCAUUACAGACAGACAUGCAAUGGACCCUGUAGAUACAGUAGUGCAAAAUGAUGUACAAAAAUAAAACAUUAAGUAAAUAUUAAGUUUAAUAAAAUAAAAGAGGACGUUGAUGUCGCCAAGCACAGGUAGCAUGUGGCCCACAAAACUUUCCCCUGUAACACAAAACAAGAUGAUGGUUUCAUCAGAUGCAAACACUGGAGAUUUUUCAGAAGAAUAUAUUGAUCUGUUAGGAAAAACAAUGUAAUCAGCAGUUAUUUUCAAAAUAUUUCCCUCGAAAAUUAAUGUAUGCCAAGCAGUUAUAAUGUACACCACCAGAGGGAUCGCAGCACACAGGCACACACAGGAGACACUGACCAUCCUGACAGAGACUGUGGACAAGUCGGACUCACGACGUGCUGGAGGCUGCCCCACCACACUGCACACAUUUCUGAAUCACAACCGAACUCUAUACAGAUUUUACACUAUUUAUGAUAAGUGGCUACAAAUGUCAAGUCACUGGUCACUUGUAUUCUCAAACACUACCAGCAGUUGUGAUCACAGUAACAGCAGGUCUUCAGGUCUAUUUGCUUGCUCAAAGGAGAUAAGACUGAACUAACUAAUCCUCGUCCACAUUAAUGGAAACAAAGUGUCCUGCAUCCCAAACUCGGGCUUUGAGCUCUGGACGUCCUGUGCUGUAUAUUCUGUCUAUAGCUGCAUGUGUAAAUGUAUGGGAUGUCAGUAACUGAUUUGUUAUGGUUCUCAGAAUAAGAAGUCUAAAGUCUGAAGGAUUUGAAAUGAAUCGUUUACAGCAAUUAUCUUUACUACCAGAAAGUUACGCAUGAACAUUUACUUCAUAGUGAGUGAGGGGCUUACAUAAGAGCUUCUUUAAACGUACUUAACUUCAGAAAAUUGGUCACAAAAGUUGUUCACAUUUGAAGUAGUUGGCUGCUAUGCAGGUCAAAAUAAGAAUUAUUUUGUACACAUUUAAAAAAAAAAAUUAAUGCAAAUAAUGGGUUUGGCCAUAGUUAAAGAACAUUUACUGUACGAAAAGUAAUAGAUUGGUUGCACUCUCAUGUGUUGAGUUGGCUGCAUGUCAUCAUGUCUUUGCUUCGAGACGUUCUCUUACUCAGGGAAACCGGAGCUGGAAACUAACAAACCUCUGACAAACAUAUUUAUUGUAUAACAUAAAAUAAACAAUAAACAAUUACUUUACAGUGCA